AAAAUGAUGCGUAGGGGAGGGGAGUUUGUUUAUAAUCGUAUUUAUUCUAUUCUGUUAUACAGAGAUCUAGAGUAGAUCUAGCUAUAGAGUCUACAUCUAGCUUUCAAAUGCAUUUACCAAAAUGAUUCCUUGGUAUCUGCUAAAAUUCUAUGCCCAGAGACAUUCGAAAUUCACAGCAUCUUGCAUAGUUCUUUUAAUCAUUAAUUUAUUAUUUUACAACCUCUUUCACAUUUUUCUGAUAUUAUGGGUGUUUAUAAUCGGAGUUAUUUUUGCUUAUAGCUUACUUAGCCCAAUCUCAGUAUUACCAAAUUUACUUCCAAUCUACUCAAAAAAAUCGAAGCACAAAAAUCUUGGCGAUGAUGAGUUGACACUAAUGAAAACAGUUUGCACAGUGUGUGGUUUACGCAGAUGUCCACGGCACAGGCCUGAGUUGAACAUUUUAGCCUUUCAGCCUUGGACAAACUUAGAUAUACACAAGAGUGUGGAUGACGCACUACAUGAGUUUUUCAACAUUGUACUCAAAGAGUUUGUUUACACCUGGUACAGAGAACUAUCUGAAGAUGAGGAAUUUGUGGAUGAACUGAGAACAAAUUUUAGAUUUCUAGCAUCUGUCAUGUUUAGGAGGAUGAAAAAGUUGGAUGUCCCAGAGCUUGUCACAAAAAGGUUGCUUCGUGCUAGUGUGCAGCAUAUAGACUUGUGUGUCCAGGCUUACAAGGAAGCUGACUAUAAAGGGGACAUCCAGCAAAUUGUUUUGGACUUUAUGGGCUCCAAUGUUCACUGUGCAAUGUGGAGUCGAAAAGCUGAGCUGGAAUACUUGAGGAGGCUUGUGGAAUCUUUGUUUCCUUACAUCCUUCGGCCUCAGGCUCUUAACUCUAGCGCUUGCUUUACUGAAGCAGAUGAUUAUGACAUGGACAAUUUUGUCCCUGUGUUGAAGAGUACUUGUGCUUUGGUGAGAGAGCUGUUGGCAGGAGCUGUCUUAUUGCCAACUCUAGAUGCCAUAGCUAAUCCUGAUUUAAUCAACAAUUUACUUCUAGUCUUUUUUGAUAAAACGCCUCCACCUCAAGCUACUGAACCACCUUCUCCAAUGGUGCCAUUUCUAGGUCAGUUCAGUCAGGCCAGGGCUCGCAACCAGUCAUGUUUGCGUCUGGAAUUAAAAGAUGUGAUCAACCCAGAAUGCCCAGAACUAUUGUAUCCCUUCAUGCAGUUCCUGAAGAGUGAGGCAGCGGUCAAUGUUUUACAGUUUUGUUUAGCUUGCAGUGAUUUCAAUCGCCGUAUAUUAAAUCCUGAUGCUUCCCAGAGUGAAUUUUCAGAUCUGCAUAGUACAGUCAAAGAUUUAUAUAAUGUCUACUGUGCACCUAAUGCCUUGGACCGAAUCAAAUUUGAUGAUGAUAUUGUAGAAACAUUACGUGAAGUUGUGGAAGGUCCCCCAGAUCAGGUGAUUAAACUACGGACAUCAGCGCCUUUGUUUAAAGCCUAUGAACAUGCCUACAAUCUUCUAGAAAACAAUUUCCUCCCAAUGUUCCAUCAAAGUGACGAUUAUUACAGUAUGAUAUGUGGGGACAGACCGAAUGCACUGUUGACUAAACAAAUGUCAAGUUUCUUUGGUGGUAAACUGAACAGUCUUAGAUUCUACCUGUCACUUGUCAAAUCUUUCAUGCAAACUAAGAAAAAAGAUUUCACAUUAGCUCAGUUCGGAAAUAAGCUGAAAGAUGUUUUCAAGUCUGCAGAUGAAAGAUUGUCAAAUAACAUCGAACCAGCUUUAGAUGGGAUGUCCUUAAAUUCAGUUUCUCAGCCAUCUGUAUGUGUUGAAGAGGAACUUGAGGAUUCAAGCUUAGACUGUGAUCACUCCAUGCAUGACCUCAGCUCCUGGAGGGUUACUAUACCCAGAAUAGGUGCAAGGCCAGACCCAGAAAACCCUAGAAAACAGUAUUUUGUUUUCAUCAUUGAUAUUAGGAGGCUAGAUGUGGAGGAAGGUGAAGAAAGAAAGCAGCAAUGGACUGUGGCCAGGAGAUAUGCAGAGUUUUAUGUUCUGGAGCAGAAGUUGACAGAAUUCCAUGGUGAACUGUUAGAAUGUCAACUUCCAGCCAAGAAAUCUUUUGGAACAAACAAACAUGAUUUUACAGAAGGAAAAAAAUCAGACUUUGAGAAUUAUUUACAGAAACUGCUGACCAAGCCACACUUAAGAAACAGUGAACUACUGUACCAGUUUCUGACUUCAGAGCAUGAGUUCUCCACCAGCUUUUUACCUGGGAUUAAAUUAGGAAAAUUUGUUAAAACAAAACUUGUUAAAGAGAAAGGACAGCAUUUGGAUGAGUUUUUGGUGACGUUUGCAACAUCAACAGAAGCUUCAAAACCAAAGUCCAGCAAACUGUCCCGUCGUGGCUCAGAUACUUCCCUCAUGUCAACAUCCAGUGACAAGUUGUCAGGUACACACUUUGACAACAAUAUGAACUUUGGGUUCCAGCCACCCAGUUCAAAGCGAGAUCUACCUCACCAGGUCAAGGACAUUGAUGGUGCCUUUGAUUACCUUUUAUUUUUAUUAAAAAAUGUGUUCAGAGCUCCUGAGUGGUUCAUGGGGCUGAUGUUCAGCGCUAGAAUUUUGUUGAAGGAGACUGUAGAGAACUAUCUAGACUACCACAUAGAAUACAAGUUGAGUCAGGUGACUCAGGAACAUAGACUUGUUGGAUUGGUGAAUUUGUUGAAAGAAAUUCUUUUCUUUGAUGAUGACCCACCAAGAAGUGAUGAAGAUAAGAGAAUCAGAUAUGCUUCAGCUUACAAAGAGUUAUUGGACUUUCUGCCAGAUGUACUGCACACUGCCCUUGGCAACUCCAACACAAGAGAAGGCUGCGAACUGCUACUACAGAUAUUCCAGCAGCCAAAACUCAACAAACAGCUGAGUUAUGUGCUCUUAGAUAUUGUAGUACAAGAACUGUUCCCAGAGCUCAAAUAAAAAUGGCGGCAAGCUGAGUUAAGAUGGGAAAACUUUUACAUUGAAUAAAAUGCUGGAAGCACACACACUUAUGAAGUUGUGUAUCUCUUAGUGAGCUGUGAAUUCCUCAUAUAAAUUCAAUGAACUCUACUGUGACAACUGCAGCAAAGGCAACAGGAUGGAGACUUAACUCUUAAUCACCGGAGACAAACUUGAUGCACUAUAUCAUUCUUUCUAAUUCUGCACACAUUUUAAUUUGUUCAAGGCUUAUGUGUUUGUGGCUGUGUCAUUGCAAUUAUAACGUAUUGACUGAUAUUGUUAAGAAAUCAAAGUUUUACUAAGUACAUUCAAAUUCAUUGAAUACUUUGCAAGUCUUUAAAUACAGUAGGAGAAAUUUUUUCCCAUAAAUUAUUGAUCAAAUUAUGCAAAGUUCUGGGUGAUUUGGAUCAUAUUUGAUCCACUUGAGUAACAAAAUGUUCAAGUGUUCUAAAAAUAUUUGUAGUGAAACGGAUUCACAGAACCCAAACAACUGGGUCUGAAAAGUUGGAGAUAAACCAAAGAAAUAGUGAAACUGACUCUUUGGAAGACCAAGUUUUACAAAGAUUCACAGGAAUGUAAUUCUAGUCUAUAAGAGAUAUCUUACGGGAUAACAAAUCGUUACCAGUCUAUAAAGUUGUACGGACAUGUAUGUGUGUGUUUGUGUGUGUAUACGAUAAAUGCAAGAACACGGAGGGUGGAUGCCCCAUUUUUUUUUUUUUUUCCUUAGUUUAUUUUCAAUUUCUGAUGUCAUCAAAUUUCAUCUUUAUUUAUAUUUCACAGAUUUAUUUUUCAAAGAUUUUUACACACUUGUUCUAUUUUAGUGACACCUAAACUUUUGUGAACUAUUUAUUACUAUGGCUCUGUUGUUCCGUUGUGAUCUAUUAUUUGCUACUGUUGCUUCGUGUCUUAUUGCUACUUAGUCUAGACAUUGAUUCAAUGCAUUUGCCAGCCUGUGUUGAUGUGUACAUAAUUGUUGUGAUAUUUCUUUUGAGUCAAUUGUGUUCACACUGCCAAUUUGGCCACAAACACAGCAAUUUUCUGGCCAGUUUUCUAAUUGCUUUUGUCAUUGUAUAAUACUUUGUGAAGUUGUUGUUUUUUUUGGCUUGUCUUGGUCAAUACAUUUUAAGGAUAAGGCUGUAAAUAAGACAUAAAAAUAUAAUCCAAUUAGUUAGUGACACAAUUUAUUUAUUUUGUGAUAUAUCUGUCUGAGAUUUUAAAUGAUUUUAGUUCCUGCCCAAUAGUUGCAUUGUGGGUGUUCUAGUAUGAGCGGGUUUAUGUCAACAAAUAAUACUCGUGUAUUCUUAUUAUUACAUCAAAAACAAGACAUCAGGGGGCAUACACCUAAAAAAAAUGAACAGAUUUCUACAUUUUUCCAUUCGGAUAUUAAUUUUGCUGUUGUUUUUUUUUAAGUGUGUCAUUUAAGUAUUUAUUUGGGGGCGGG